CCCGCACACAGACACACACGGACGGCUGCACCCCUCCCACUGGCCGCGGUGGCAUUUUGCUUUUUCCCAGCCGCGGCGGCGGCGCCCCGUAUAAAACUGGCUGGAGGCCGCGCCAGCCGGCCCAGUAGUUGCUCUGUCAAGUUACCGACCGGCUCCGCCAAGCAGAGCCACCGGACACCCACCGCUACAGACAUGAGGACCCUGGCUCUGGUGCUGUUGCUGGCGACGGCGUCGCUGGCGCAGUACAACGGCAACUACCUGGACAGCGACUACCAGGACUACCAGGAGCCGGCGCCCAGCCGGCCCGCGCCACCCCCGCCGCCCCCGCAGCGCUCGUACAGCCGGCCGCCUCAGCAGUCCUCGCCGGUGCGCUCCUCCUUCUCCAGCUCGGCCGCCAACGCCGCGCGCCCCACGCCAGUGCCCAUCCUCAAGCAGAUCAACAGGCACAACGAGGAUGGUUCAUACACGUACGGUUACGAGGGAGCCGACGGCUCCUUUAAGAUUGAGACCAAACUAACGACAGGCGAGGUAAUGGGCAAGUACGGCUACGUCGACGACAACGGCAAGGUGCGAGUUGUGGAAUACGGCGCCAACAGGUUCGGCUUCCAGCCAUCUGGAGAGGGCAUCACUGUGGCGCCGCCCACGCUGGUGGACGAGACAACGCGCAAGCAGCAGCCCGGAGGCGGGGGCGGUCUCGGCGGCCGCCUGUCGGCGCUGAGCAGCGACCAGCCCGAGUACGACGACGGCCAGUACUACGAGCCACAGCCGCCCCCGAGGCCCGCCCCCAGGCCGGCGCCUCCCCGCCCCCAGCCCGCGCCGGUGCGAGCCGCACCGCCCCCACCGCCGCCGCCGCCUCCUAGGCCUGCUCCCAUAAGGCAGCCGCAGUCCUUCGAGCAGUUCUACGAGUCGCCCGCGCCGGCUCCUGCGCAGCGCUUCUCCGCCGGCCCGCCGUCGCCCAGCCGCAGCCACAGCCACGGACCCAGCCUGGGACCGGCGCCGCCCCGCGCCCAAGUGCCCGGCGCUGUCCCCGUCGGCGGCGUCGUCUACUCCGAGCAGCCGAGGCCGCCGCGCCCACAGCCGCAGCCGCAGCCGCAACCCAUCCAGCACCGCAGCCCCGCCCCGGUGUACCACAGCCCGCCCCCGCCGCCGCCCCCGAGGCCCUCCCCCCAGGUGAGGCAAGCUGGAACCGGAGGCGGCAUCCUGGACCAGCUGGCCAAGGACUACGCUCUGCCGCAGAGCAACAGCGCGCCGCUCACAGACAUCAGCUUCUCCUCCUUCUACUAGUGCAGUGCGCCGCCCCCUUAUGGGCGUGUGCCACCUUUGUACAGUACUCAAACCUCUCCUCCUUUCUUUUGUACAGACAUUUCAACAUCUCCGCUUUCUACGAUUUACUCUAUAGACACUUUUCCGUAGUACAAUUUGAAAGGCGAGCUUAAGGAAAGACUUCACAGUCCUCAUAUACACUUUUCGCCCUGUAUUUCAACAGAGGGCUGUGCGAACAAUAAGACGCACAAUAAAUUCCUAAUCUAUCUAUUCACCUUCUCUUACACAUUUAAUGUAAUUAUAUCUGAAUGUUCCUAUAGCCUUCCGUUUCCUACAAACACCCGAGUUUCCUAAGGAGCAGCAAAGAACGAAUGGCAGUGUGUCUGUGAUUUCUGUGAACUUUCUCUGUUGACAUUAUAUAAUGCUAAAGUCGUUCUUGAAUUUCUUUUCGUUCUCUCCACAUGAAUUAACCACUAAUAUGUUGCAGUUUACUGAAAAUAGUUUCUGAAGCUAAUCCCAAGAUACGUAAACGUUAUUUUGUAACAAGCAGCAACGUUAAUCACCUGCUUGCUCUUUGCCUUAUGUCUCCUGAAAUGCAAUAAUCAGUUCUCCUGGUUCUUCGACUCCAAAAACCUUUUCUAGAUUUGUUUUCACGGAUAUUCACAAGCUACUUAAUAGUUUAAACGUAUAAAACGGGUUCUUCAUAUUGGGCCAUGGAAAGUUUUCUUAUGCUUGUUCUUUAUUAUUCUUGGUGAUAGGGCGUACCAUACAUUUAUGAUAUUCGUGUCUCUGUCUUUCUGAUAUGGGUUUAGUAUAUACUGCAUUUCGGUAGAUGAAACUUAUGUGUACUUUAACUUACAAAACUUAAAAUAUUUCUGUCCUUUUCUUGAUGGGCGUUAUACUCUUCGUUUUGUUACAGCUAUAGACAAUAGAGCUACUGUACCCAUUUAACACACUACUAAAAAUUAAUUUCCGUCGUUGACACAAAUUAAGAUAGGACUAAUUUCUUUUCAUACGGCAAAGUUAACUAUUCUUAGGUACUUAUGUGCUACGUUCAUUGGCAUGGAAUAACCUCUUCCACGGUUCAAAGCCUAUAAAACAACUUUUUCUGCAAAUUCCUUUCAAGGACUUUCUUACUGUAACUUUACUACUAUACUCCCACAUCCGUUCGAUAUCCAGUGAACGAUCUACUUCAGUAGUUUAAACAUGUAAAGUGUGUCCUGUUAUUGCAGUCUGGAAAGUUUUCCUACGCUUAUUCUGUACACCAAAUAGUAGUAGCAAAAAAAACCUUGCAUUUUCGAUAUUUCUAUCUCCAUAUGUCUCGGCUGUGUUCAUUAUUUAAUGAAUAACAUAACUGAAAGGUAUACUUGCCAUAACUUACAAUGUAUCUGUCUUUUUCAUUAUGGAGUUGGUGCAGAAAUUUUAAUACAUUUAGCCAUAGAACACAAAAUCAGCCUACCUUACAACACCCCAGAUAACUAUGUGAUAGGCGCUGAUAGUUACUGAGCCUUUUCAAACUAACGGCAAAACCUGAGUGUCUCCUAUGCACUAACACUAUUUUCUUUUAAUCACUCACAUUUCCGGACUUCUUAUGCUCUACUUGUUUCCUCGUUUACUUAUUACACGCAUGCUCAGCUUCGGAAUUAACUCAAACGCCGUAUACUACAUGGGUAAUUUUGUUAAUGUAGAUGACAUUGUACCACAGUGCUAAACAAUUUUGGUAUACAGGUACUAAAACCAAACUUACAGCUUUAGACUACUGUAUAUUUACCUAAUUAUUAUUUUGUAGAACUUUAACCUUCCUCCGAAUCACAGGAACACUGCCAGUUAUUCGUUUCCUGAUAUGCUUCAAAUAAGUUCAACACAAAAUUUGUUUUAAAUAUCGACUGUUAUCCUUAGGGUGUGACUGAUGUUAUUUAUCACUUUUAGUCGAAGCAUUCCAAUUGUAAGAAAGUUUUCAAUACUUCUGUAUUGUGUGUGAAAAUUAGAUUGUUACGUUCCGAUUUUAAUGUUUUGAAAAAUAGUAGCCAUAUUUUUAUAAAUUUGAAUGCAAUAUAUUUCCUCUAUUUAUUUGACGAAAAUGUUAAUUGACAAAUGGAAAACAAAUUUUGUUUCGAAAUAUAUUUCCAUAUUAAAUAAAACUGUGUUUUUUGUUA